AUGGCCACCUCCAACGAUGCGGCAGAAGCUUGGGAAGCAUACCAAUCCGUUGUACAUCUUUCGUCUCGCGUUCCCUUCUCGUCGACCGAAGGCGCAUCCGCGGAAGAAGGGACCGCCGUGGACCACAAUCACUCUCAAACGGCCAUACCAUUCGCGCAUCUACAUCGCCUCGCCCGACUCCUCGCGUCCACCCACCCGCGUACUCGAGAAGUCUUCCUCAGACUUCUCUCGGUCAUGAACGCCAUCCGACGUCAAGGCGGCAGGCUGCGUGUCUGGGAGUGGAAUGCACUCAUCGACUUCGCCGGCAAGGGAUGGCGGCGUACACGCCCCGACGACUUCAAGCGCUCUCUAGACGUAUUUGAAGAGAUGAUCACAUACAACGAACGGCUCGAAGAGUCAGCUCGGGCCGAUGACCCAGAUGAACCCAACCCCUACAACUGGGACGAUCUGGGAGUUCGAAGCCAUCUGCCCACGGCCGAGCCGGACAUCGUUACGUAUUCGACAUUGCUGAACGUGGCCUCCAGAGUUCGAGAUCCAGAUCCCAUGCGCCUUGCGACCUCGCUUCUUAAAUCUUCAGGAUUGGUCCCAAACCGUAUUACCCUCUUGAUCCUUCUCUCGCAUGCCUCGCGGAAAGGCGACCUCCUCGGCAUCCGCAAUAUCCUGGCAGAGAUGCGCGACCAUGACCUUGCGCUUGGGCUAGAUGGCAUCAACGCUUGCUUGUGGGGAUUUGCCAGAUGCGGAAGGCCUGAUAUUGCGGCAGCCAUCUAUCGUGUGUUGAGGCAUAACUGUGUACCGGAGCUCGGUCCCGAUGGCCAGGAGGUCGCCGAGAUUCAAAAAAGGCUCGAGGAUGAAGAUUACGUCCCAAUUCCUGGGGGCAUGGUCCCCGACGAGGUCACCUACACAGCAUGGGUUCAGAUUCAAUGCUACCGCGGAGAUCUUGUUGCGGCUCUGGAGAUCUUCACCGAGAUGCUCGAAACUACGCGGCCGUCGUACUCCUCGGGUAACAAGGCGAAGGGGAACGAACAUCCGAACACUUUUCCGCCGACCCUAGCCAUCUUCCGUGCGCUGUUCAUCGGCUUUGCCAAGCACGCGGAGCCGCCCGCUCGGACACAGUUCACCCUCAAGUCCGGGAGCUUGAGCUUCCAAAGAGACCGCACCCGCGCAUGGACUGUAGACAAGCUACAUGUCAUCUUUCAAGCGUUCCUGACCUUACCUGCGGACGUGAAGCCGAGCUCACGCACGAUAUACAACGUCCUCAUGGCAUAUAGCAAGGCAAGCGGACACGAUGUGCACAGGUUGAGACGUGUAUGGGCGCAAUUAGCCGACCGAUUUGGAGGUCAUUGGGGCGGUAGAUUGGAGAAAUUCCGCAAGCAACUUCACUCCCAAAAAACAUAA